UCGAAUAGGAAUCAGUGCGUGGAUUCGAAGCCUCAGCCUCGGAUCUUAAACUUCUUGUGCUCCCUCGAGAAUUAUAUCAGUGUUAACGAAUGCCAUCAAAUUGGGAGGUGCCUUUCAUAAGGAGAAGAAGAAGAAGAAGAAGAAGCCGUCGUCGUGUUUGUAAAGUCGACACGUUCAGCGAACAAAGGCGUAUAGCCUAAACACGUGCUCCGGUUGAUCAUACGGAGCGAGCAGGAUGACAAUGGAAGAUCGCACGGGUGGCAUCGACCGUGCCGCCCCCGCUACAUCGACUACGGUGACAACGACACUUUUAACGUCUGGUAGUCCGUCCAUGAUCAGUGAUGUCACGUCGGAUGCAUCUUAUCCACUCCAACGUGCCAGUAAGCGUUCCUUCGACGUAGCGUUUCUCGUCGCACCCGAUGAGAAUCUGGCUCGUAGACAGAGCGAAAAGCUCAGAUUAAUUUCUGGUAGAAAGGAUCGUACAAGAGAAUCCAUAUCAUUGGAUAAUUCUUUGGAUGCCGAUAGAUUGCCACAGAAUUUGACUAUAAAGCAUUACGAUAGCGACUCUAGCUCGCAGGAGAGACGAAGGCUGAUGCAUUGUACCGAAAAUUCUCUCAGUCCACCGUAUGUAUCUCCGAGAACGUUAACACCGACAUUGCCGGACAUCGAUUCGCGAAGAUACGUUCCCACACGACAACAAAAGAGCCCAAGCCCACCUGGGUUUACAGCGCAACAAUCAUUAUUAAAUACUUGCACGGAAUCAUUGGAUCCAAGUUUAACAUGCGGCAAGGUUUACGAUAGCGGCUUGCAGUGUACCGUGGAAAGGCACGGUGAAUCUAGGAGCGCUUUUACGAAGGUUCAUCUUGGUAGUCAAAGAAAUGGUUUUACCGACGACGGACAAACCUCACCAAGAUCGUCCAUCUCACCGGACGAUCGAAGGGAAGGUUAUCAAGAGAGCAUUAGUCCUCCGGUCGUUCCAUUGGCAAGUGCGACUACUUACAAAUAUACCAGUUUUCCUAACAAAAUGACGUAUCCCUUUUUGGUCGGUCCCGAGGCUGCGACCAGUCAGCCCAGUCUCUUGGAGAACUUGAAAAUUCCUCAGAUAGCACAACCGCCGAAAGUACCAAGCCCAAAAGUGGCAACCUUUCGGCCGGAUCUACCACCAGUUUAUCCAAAUCUUUCGUACAAUCCUAUAUCCGUUUUUCCACCAAUGGCAGACGCUUUGACAAGGCCAAGGUUCUUAGCCACUGCCGCUGGCGUUGCUGGCCUUUUACCACCGUCCUUCGCGGCUUUGACAUUGCCCGCGCAAAAUGUUUGCGCCAAGUGCAAUCUAUCCUUUCGUAUGACAUCUGAUUUGGUAUAUCACAUGAGGUCUCAUCACAAGAAUGAAAACUCCGGGGAAGCUGCUCGUAGAAGGAGAGAAGAAAAAUUGAGAUGUCCUGUUUGCGACGAAAGCUUUCGCGAGAGACAUCAUCUGACAAGGCAUAUGACAGCUCAUCAGGAUAAAGAGAGCGAUGCUAUCGUCGAUCAGGUCGAGGUCAAACGACGUACCACCACCGUUCAUAGCAAGUGACGCCGAAAAUCCUCACCUGACGAUGAUUUACUUGCCAGCGGAUAUUCUUUCGAGAAUUGACUCCUCUUUUUUAAUCUAAUUAACAGACCAAAAGAAUAACGUCGAUCAUCGAGGAUCGUUGUGUUUUAAACAAAAAUAUUUCCGAGACUUCGUGCAAUCCUUUCUUUUCGUUUUUUCGCUUUUUUUUUUUUAUUUAUUUUUUGAUUUCUUAUAAAUGAAACGAAAAGACGAACGCCCACCUGACGUAUUUCAUCGGGUAAUCAAUUUUUGUUUAAAAUAUUACGUAGGAUCGUUCUGUUAAAAAUGUUUUUUUUUUUUUCUUUUAUCGUUUCGUUUCUUCGUUAAUAAUAUCGUUCAAUAUUAAUUGAGACAGUGGUACGUUUCGUGAUAUUGUUUCGUCAGUGUGUUAAAGGUAUAUAUGUUAUAUAUUAAAACACUGUCGCUCUCAAUUAUGAUUUAAAAAAAAAUAAUAGACCCUAGUCGAUAAUUUUGUGCAGCUCGAAAACUAGAACGUAGAUCGUUCGAAAAUUGAACAUUAUCUCCAAUUUAAAUAACUUCUCACGUUCUUCGUAACGCACAUAUUAAGUAAAGGCAUUUUAUGAAAUUUGUGUCGUGUGUAUAUAUAUAUAUAUUAUAUAUAUACACAUACAUGCAUAUAUAUAUAUAUAUAUAUAUAUAUAUAUAUAUCUACUACCGCGAAAAUUAAUCACUAUAGAUAUACUAUAACCAAUCAAAUUUAUCUUACGAUCCGCGGUGAAAAAGAAAAAAGAAAAAAAAAAAAAAAGAGAAAAGAAAAAAAAUGGACAUUCCCUCUCUAGUCAAUAUUAGGUAGGAAGAAUUUGUAAAUAUCUUUGUCGAUCACAAUUUAACUGUCAUACACGUACCUAUCUUGAUCGCAUAUCAAACGUGCGAUAGCACUCCGAUAACACACAUUUACCAAUAUUAAAAGAAAAAAAAAAAAAAAAAAAAAAAAAAAAAAAAAAAAAAAAAAAAAUGGCAUA